UAUUCAGUUCAGACAAUUUGGAUUCCACUUGAUAUGAAGUGUUUCUGAUGACGUGAGACGUUCUUUGUGAAUUCUGAAGUUUCUCUGGAUGAUGAUUUCAAUAUUGUCAAAAUCAAUUUUGUGGCCUGAUUCAUUUCCAGUCUACUAGAAUCAGAUACAACACUAUCACAAAGAUGUCCACUGGACACUAGUGAAAUAAUUAGGAGCUUAAAAUUCUGUCUAGAAAGUAAUUACUUAGCAUUUUAAGGGAGUUUAUAUAGACAGACAAAUAGUGUUGCUAUGGGUUCACCAGUCUCCCCAAUAGUCGCCGACCUUUACAUGAAUAAAUUCGAAUAUAAUAUCUUUUCAAGCAUACUCACUCCUAAAAUAUGGUUAGGAUAUGUGGAUGAUACUUUUGUAGUGCUAAAACGAGAUCUACACAAUUUAUUCCUGGAGAAAAUAAACUGUGUAUCUCCCAAAAUCCAGUUCACUUCGGAAGCAGAAUCAGACAUCGGUGAACUACCAUUUCUAGACUGCCUAGUUAAGAGAAAGGAAAACGGACAUUUUAGUAUAUCCAUAUUCAGAAAGAAAACCCACUUUAAUAAAUAUUUAGACUUCAAAUCAUCACACCCCGCAUCAGCGCAAAGAUUUCAGUUGUUUCAAGUCUUCUUAGACGAGCACACUCUUUGAUGAUGACGGAUGAGAAAGAAAAAGAAGAAGAAAUAUUAAACACUACUCAGACUCUCAAGCAAAACAGCUAACUACCCAAGGAUCUUCAUCAACAAAAUCAACACUGACAUUAAGUAUGGCCGAAAAUGCAUUCCGAAAACAUGGCCAUCAACAGUCGUCAUUCCAUAUAGGUCAGAGACAUCAGACGAUAUCAGAAAAGUGCUCAGUCAGCUCGACAUUGGAGUUUUCUUCAAAACAUCAAACACACUGCGAAACAACCUUGUCC